AUGUCUUCUCCUAGAAGCAAAGCCAGUCCAGCGAAUAGACAGACACGCAGGUUUCGCACUGGCUGCAAGACAUGCAAAGCACGACGCAUACAAUGCGACGAAACGAGACCCGAAUGCACAGCCUGUGUCAGCAAGGGGCGCUCCUGCCCGGGGUACACGCGCGACUUCAAGUGGUCGACAAAGCAUGAGGUUUCGGCCAGACAUGAUGGUCGGAGAGAUCGGGGCUCGAGUCAGCCCGGUGUUGCGCCUUUUGCGCAGACAUAUCGGACUUCUACUAUACCGGGGGGUGAGUCGGAGGUACGCGUCGGGGAUGGGGAGACAAGGGAGGAUGAGGGAAAUGAUGCGAUCGUGGACGCGUCAAGACGACAACAAUCUCCUCGCCAACAUUCGCCUGCCUUGGUGAAUGGCUCAACACCGAAGGAGACACGGACUAUCGGCACUCUGGACCUGGACUCCUUCAAGGCAUCCCACGUCGACCCACAAAGCCUCCAAUUGGCCCUGCUCGAAAGAAGGGCUACCGAGUUACAACGGCGACUCGACUCGCGCAUCUCCCCCCAGCUCACCGACUUCCCAACCUUCCUCAUAGAAUACUGGUUCAAGAACAUCUGCUGCAUAUGGUCUGGCUUCGACUCCGACCGAAACCUCAAUCGCAAUUUGGCAAUGAGUACAUGGACAAAUCAGAAGUCAGUAUUCCACUGUCUCCAAGCCAUGUCAGCCUUCCACCUGGCGGAGCAACUGCCCCAUCUAGGCGACACGGCCAUGACGUCGUGGAAGUCUGCUGUCCAGGCCAUACAUGAGGAUCUCGCGUCGGUUACUACGACCAGCCCGACGCGACUUCCGACCGGCCUGUUACUGUCAUUAAGUGGAAUCGGGACAACGACCUGCUGGACUGACAGUCAGCAACUAGGGCUUCCCUUGCUGAAGAAAAUGAAAACACUCCUAGCGCACUACAACCGAUCUGCUGCGCUGAUGUCUAGCUCAGAUAGGUUAUAUUUGGAAUUCUUCAACGAUAGCUGCAUUUACUGGGAUAUAUUGUGCAAGGUAGUCACGGAUGAUGCUAGUCCGAUCGGACCGUCACCGGCAUUAUCGCCCAGCAGUUCGAGCAUGCCCGAAACCGCUCCACCGCAUCCGUGGGUUGGUGUUUCGAGGAAUAUCCUGGAGCUGUUUGCGAACUCGAUCCUGCUGUGUAAGAGAUACUGCAAGAGACUGAGGAGCUCGGAUUUCAAGUCCGCGACUGUCCAUUCCCUGCGUGACAUGAUCGAUGGUGUCCACGAGGCAAGAUCGCUCAGGAAAACUCUUAUCGGAUUGAAACAGUCCACCGGUAGCCAGCUUGCUGAGACGGGAGACAAGUUAACCCCUCUCUCCCAUCUGGUCGAUGUGGCAGAGGGGUACCGCUUAGCGGCAUUGCUGCAGCUCUACCAGACCUUCAAGGACCUGGAGGACGAGUACGUCUCCGAGAGGGAUGGAAGUCCCGACGAAACUUGGAUUCAGGGCCUCGCACUUGAGUUAUUGGACUUGAUGAAACGCAUCCCGCUGGAGUCGGGGUCUCGUUGCAUACAGCCACUCCUGUAUCUGUCUAUUGCGACGGGAUUGAGGUCUUGUCCGCCUGUUCCUGUGGAUGUUCCUCAUAUCGCAGAUGGAACGGAGUGUUUAGAGCGACAUGCCUUACAAGGGAAUGUGACCGCUCUGUCAGAUAUUCUGGGACAGUCUGAUCUGCAAAGGAGCAAUGUGUCGAGCAUGAAGUUGACCAGGAUGUCGGUCAACAUUGGACAGGCUCGUCGGAUCAUUAUGCAGAGAGUCAGUGUUUUGGAGUAUAGUCUUCCUACUAAGCCAAUUACUGUAUUGAAAGCAUUGAUGAAGAGGAUCUGGGAUGUUUGGGAUGCGGAGAUGUGUGGUGGCCGGACCGUGAGGAGUAAGCAUUGGAUUGAGGUCAUGGAGGAGAGUCGGUUACAUACUAUGUUCGGGUGA